AUCAACCGCGAGGUAACACUGACAACAUUAAAAAAUUUGAAUGUUGUUUAGCUCCUCCAUACGAACAGAGUAACUUAAAAGUCGCCAAAAUGAGCAUAAUGAUGUACACGUUGCGCCAAUUGAAAAAAUCACCAUUCUCACCGUCACCUACCAUAUCAGAAAUAAUAAGACAGUCGUCGUCCGACGACACGCUCAGUCCCAGGAUGAAGGAGUUCCGCGAGAAGCUCAAGACCAAAACGCCCAUUGGCAAACUAGACGAAAUUGAGGGCAAACACCCGUACCAGGAGAAGGAACCCUUGCCCUCUUGGCCGGACAACACUAACCCCCACACGGGUGAAAUUGGAGGCCCCAAGGGCCCCGAGCCAACUCGUUACGGCGACUGGGAGCGCAAAGGUAGAGUUAGCGAUUUUUAGAAGGCUGUUAAUGUGGAGUGACUCAAAAUUUGAUUCUGUGAUAGAGUACUAGUACUGUCUUAAUUCAUUGUAGUUGUUGCACUGAAAAUGUAUAUUUAAAUGAAACAAAAUUAUACAUGAAAUUAUU